AUGCCUUUCCUCCAGGCGUUGACCGGCUACAUCGCGCCGGUCUUCCUCAUUGCCUCGCCGAUCAUUUCAUACGCCGACCAGGCAUUGUCGAUGUCACGGAAAAGAUCAAGCUCGGGCUUUUCGCUAGACAUUCCCCUGAUUAUGCUAGUAGCAUGCGUAUUCAGGGUGUUUUACUGGUUCGGAGCGAAAUACGAUAACGCGUUGCUCAUCCAAGCAUUUACCAAUAUAUUCAUGCAAGUCAUACUUCUAAAGGUUGCGUUGGAUCACCGGCCGCUGCCUGCAUCAAGAGGAGGAGAGGCUGGAACUCCGUUUGCUGGAGCGCAAGAUGGUCUUUGGAGCAUACGGAGGCCAUACAACUUCUGGCAGUGGCGGUCUCCCAAGCCCUACUGGCAGUUUCUGCUGUACAUGUUUAUUACGCUGACCGUGCUUGAGCUGAUCGUGGCGCCCAUGGAUUCGCUUUAUCCCACGUACUGGGGAUUCUUGGGCAUGGUUGGUUUAUCGGUCGAGGCUACACUACCAAUUCCACAAAUGCUUGCAAACUACAGGUCCAAGUCCUGCAAGGGUUUUCGGGUGUCCCUUUUGGUCAGCUGGCUACUUGGAGAUGCCAUGAAGAUGUACUGGUUCUUCACCUCGACAACAGAGAUCCCAUGGUCCUUUAAGCUCUGCGGUAUGUUCCAAGCAGCAUGCGACUGCUGCCUCGGUAUCCAGUAUCUGAUUUAUGGUGAUCAUGAACCCGAGGUUAUUGCUCAACAAUGGCCAUAUGCUGGUACAAAGCCACAUUUACCUCGUGUGAACAGUGGAAAAUCUACGCCCACAGGACGGAUGACGCCUAUGAGCGAGAAGAUGUAUUAG